AUGGCUUUAAAUGCACUAGAAAACAUGACAUUAGGCUAUCUUGAACUCAGCAACGGCCUUUUAUUGUAGGAUGUGAAGGUAUCUAUCCUUCCAGAGAGUGUUUCAUUCGAUGAAUACAACUUCAUAACUAACUUUGAUGAAUCUGAUUUUGUUGGAAUAGAAGGAAAAGAUUUGAAAUUCUAAGGAGUCGGGUAUAUUCAUCAUAAAGAUGGAGAAACAGUCAACAAGGAAGAAGUACAGUUAUCAGGUCCUAUAGAUAAACUUAGAGUAUCUUUUGAACUUUAUGAUAAUGGAACUACUAAAGCAUCAAGAUGCAAGGGAUACGACUUUGAGCUUGAAUCAAGCAAGAUUUAGGUAACAGUUGCAGGGGAAUCAAAGUCAUUAGAUGGAGAAGGAGUAAUAGAUCAAAUUAGGAAUUGGGCUAGAGAAGAAUUAAUAAAUCAAAUUAAGCUCAUUGUUGAUGAUUUUAGAAGUGGAAGUUUAAGCUAUUUAUAAAAAAUGCCAGUGUUGAAUAUGACUCCACUUGUUGGUUUGUUCCACCUUACAAGUACAGCAGAGAAUGUAUAAUUGAGCAAUGAAUUCCUUGAGUAUGGUUUUUCACCAAAGAGUUUGCAAUUAUUGAAAGAAUCAAAUGAUGAUUUGCUAAAUGAAAUUUAAACUGAAUUUGAAGUUAUGAACGAUCAAGAUCAAGAUAAAUUUAGAGCUUUCUAAGUUCUUAUUGAUGAAAACUUCCCUAACGCUGCAUUCACAAAGAUUGUAGCCAGUGAUAGAAAAUUCAGUUUAAGAGAAUUACUUUCAAGUGAGCCAAGAUUCGCCAUCUUCUCAUAACUUCUAACAACUUCAACUGUGGGAAUGGUUCUUCCUUCAUUCAAAGAGGAAUUCGGAUCUCAUAAACCUGUUGAUAUUGUUGCUACAGUAAACCAUGAAAGUAUCAAAGAAAUAAGUGAUUCAUUUCCACUCAGUGGAUUCACUCUUGACCAAAAAGGAAAUUUCAAGGUCUCCUUAAAUAUUGCUGCAAACAUCAUAGUUGAAAAGAAAACUGGCAAAUGGGUUGAUACUAGAAGCGCAGUUUUGACUAUUGCAUUGAAAGGAAAGAUUUUUACUGCUGAUGAUGAAUUUGAAAAUAGGACUUUAGUUGUUAUGCCAAGGGGUAUUGAACUUAAUAACCUUAAGAUAUUCAAAGGAGAUGAAGAGCAAUUCUUAGAACAAACUCUCGCUCAAUCAUUGAUUGGUGUUCAACUUGAACAAUUCAAGAAGCAACUUAAACCACAAAUGUUCCCUCUUAGAAAUUUCACAAAUCCACCUGAGUUGUAAUGCCUUGGAUUUAAUCUCACUAAUGUUGAUGUCAAGGUAAACAAAGGAUAUAUGCAAAUAAGCUGCAACUAUAAAAAUAUAAAUUUCGAAGAUCUCUCAGAGCACAGAAAAGAAAUGUGCUCAGCUUUUGAGUUCACUUUAAGAUAAAGCCCAGAGUAAUUUGGAGAAAUUAUGUCAAAGUAUGUUCCAGGAUUGAGUCAUUUGAAGAAAGCUAGUGAGGGUAACCUCAACUUUGAUGGUAUUAGAGCUGCUAAACCAGAAGAAAGUCCAGCUUACAACUAAAACAAACAAAAAGGGGAUCAAAAAGUUAAAAAUAGAAAGAGUAUCCUUGAAGGCCUUCCUGAAAAUUUAAACAUCCCUGAUCAUAUCGCUGAAGAAUUAGCUAAUGAUGAAGCUAAAGGAAAAAAGAAGAGACAGGCUAGUUCUACAGAUGACUUAUGA